AUGAGAUAUGCAUUGUUCGCCAGCUCCUUGCUUCUCGGCUGUGCCUCAGCCGCAGUCCAAAGGCUGAAACUGCUAAAGGAAGAGGAGCCUGACGUAAUCGAGACGGGCACAAAUGUAAACAGAUACAUGAACGGCAACGCUCCCCAGCAAGUAUUGGAUGACAAAGUUGUGCAUGGAAUGCAGCAUCAUGAUUUGCCUCUCGAUAGCUAUCUGAACGCUCAAUACUUCACCAAGAUCGAGCUUGGUACGCCGCCGCAGUCGUUCAAAGUUAUUCUGGACACAGGAAGCUCAAAUCUCUGGGUACCAUCGAAGAACUGUGACUCGAUUGCCUGUGCUCUUCACAAGAAAUACAACUCAUCGUUGUCUUCCACCUACGAGAGAAAUGACACACACUUCGCUAUCUCAUAUGGCUCUGGAAGGCUACAAGGAUAUAUGUCUAGAGAGACCCUGGCCAUCGGGGAUAUACAGAUUCAAGGUCAAUUAUUUGCAGAAGCUACCGAAGAGAUUGGACGUGCCUUUAUGGUCGGUAAAUUUGACGGUGUUCUCGGGUUAGGAUUCGACUCUCUCUCUAUUCUUCACACUCCACCACCCUUCUAUACCAUGCUGGAGCAGAAUCUGCUGGAUAAGCCAGUAUUCGCGUUUUAUCUUACAGAUGAGAAGCAUGGAGAGGGUUCUGAGGUGACAUUUGGCGGUUUCGACAAGAGCCACUACCACGGCGACUUGGCUAUAAUACCCCUACGCAAAAGGUCGUUCUGGGAAGUCGACUUGAAUGCCGUUACACUUGGCGACAACACGACUGAUAUUGAAGGAAUGGGUGUAAUGCUUGAUACCGCGAUGGGUGCAACUAAAGACGUCUACGGCAACUGGAAUGUCAAGUGUAGAGCUCGCGACUCUCUGCCAGAUAUUACUUUUACCAUAGGUGGCUACAACUUUACUUUGGGUCCCUACGACUACACCAAAAAGGGGAAGUUCGGCUGCAGCAGUAUUAUCAAGGCCGUUGACAUCGAGCCUCCAACUGGUCCUCUCGCCAUUUUGGGAGCGGCAUUCCUGCGCAGGUGGUACAGUGUUUAUGAUUUCGGCAAUGGUGCAGUAGGUCUCGCCCAAAGCGUGAAGAAAGGUGGGGGCCAGUAUUAA